AUGGAGAAUCCCAAACACUCCGGCGGGCGGAAGUCCUCGAAAAAGUACAGAGCCGAGGCGGAUGUGGAUGCCUUGGUGGUUGAGCUUCUUUGUCGUAUGGCUCUUCACGCCAAUGGUGGCGCUGCUCCUGCGUCGCCCGCGCAGGAGGCGGAGAGGGAUAGAAAAAACAACGCCUCGCACCUUAAAACAGCCGCAGACGAGAAGGUGCACGUGGCGGUUUCAGGGUUUCCGCAGUUUGAGCACUGUAAAGACACGGAGGCUCGCUCGCUUCUCGCCUACAGGUACCUGAAGGCGAACAACUUCAACCUGGAGGAUGCCGUGGCAAUGAUUCUUGACACCAACAAUUUCCGAAACAAACACAGGCUGGAUUCCAUUAUGAUAUUUCCCUCCCUAAUUCCCCUGCGCGGCUUCAACGAGAAGGAAGUAUGCAAUGCAUUACAGCUUCCGACGGCAACGGCAAUUGCGCGAGAUCCGUGCGGCUGUACAACCUCUUCCGUGGGCGGUCUUCAGGCGGGGUACCUAAAUAAUCACCCCAUUCUUAGACCAAUCUUGAAUUUAAUUAAUAGAUACUACGCCAACAGCAUCCAUUACUGCGAUAAAGGCGGCCAUCCCGCCAUGUAUGGUAGGUUGGGGCAAGUCAACUUUAGUAAACUGUUCCAGGAAUUAAAGCGCAUCUCUCCGCUUCGUCAAGGCCCAGAAGACCUCAUUCUGCUCUUUCAUCUAUACAGCAAUGAACUUCUCUGGAAGGUAAUGCAAUACUGCGACGCAAAAAGCAAGCCUCCGGGGACAACGACAAAGAUUGGAUGGGAAGAAAGUAAUAAGACGGCGACCGUGAUUAUUGAUUUGAAAGGAGCAAAUAUCCUUAAUUUUGUUCGUGGUCCGUUUCCAAGAACCCUUCGCGGACUUCUCAAUUUGGAUCAACGCUAUUACCCGGAAAUUCUUCAUAAAUUAGUGCUGGUGAACUGUCCCAAGAGCGUAGCAUUUGCUCAUUGGCUUUCAAGACCCCUCGCUUCUAGCAAACGCGGCACUCGGCGAAAGAUUAUGUGCGUGAGCGAGGAAAAGACAGCUUCAGUACUGAAGACGCUGAUUGAUGAGGACAAGAUACCGGCCUUCUUGGGCGGGAUGUGCAAUUGCAAGGAAGGAUGUGUGCCCUUGAAUGAAUCUUUUGACGGUAGCAGCUCGGUCUCCCCUUCCGUUUUCGGUGGCACGCUCCGGGCAUUCUCGCAGGCCGAGAGCGAGCGACCGUUGGAGGAGUUGCUUAUUGAUGGUCCCGAUGUCGAACCUUGCAUCGUGGGCCUUGCAACGUUGAAGGAAACCGAAAACGUGGUUGUGCCGGCCCGCCGCAAGCUCACUCUCACGUAUGAAAUAGGGGCUUUUGAGGACGUCACUUGGGAGUUUGCGGUGGGGCGCGGUAAAAUUGGGUUCACUGCCGUCUUCGUGGAGUGCUCCGCGGAUGGCCACACCCAAGUCCUAACGCCGUUCGCGACUGUGGCGGAGGCAGCAGACCACUUCUGCCCCAGUACAGCAGGCGAGCUUAUCUUGACGUGGGACAACAUGAAAUCGUUCUUUACCGUGCGAAAACUUCAGCUGCGCGUGCACCGUGGGCCUCCACGACUCAACUCACAAAAGUACGGUGGUGUGCCGCAGUGA